AUGACCAUCCGCCCCGCCAAGCAGUUAAACUUCGGGAUCUCGAUCGGCUGCCCCGGAGAGUAUGAGAUCGCGAAGCCUGGUGAGCCUUCAGCUUUGUCUGUUGCUGCAUUCUCUCUCUCUGUAUCUGCCAGGAACAGUCCGCACUCUGCUCGAUUGCCUGCCCUCCUGGCUGUUUACUGCCCGGGUCCCGCAGAUGUCAAGCCGGGAAAGCAACAUGGCACCUUAAUAAACAAAAGCAGGGAUCCAUGGGGCGUGUAA